GGCGCCCGGGCGAGGGAGAGGCGCGGCCGCGGCGGGAGCGGGAGGAGCAGGAGAUGCUGCCAGCCCUCCCGGGGCCGCGCUCGCUCAUCCGCCGCCGCCACACGGAGCAGACGCGCGCCGGGAGCCGCGGGCCGGGCCAGCCGGGCCGCCGGGGCCCAGUGCGCCGCGCUCGCAGCCGGUAGCGCCGCCAGCGCCGUGGGCGCUCGCUCGGCAGCCGCGGGGCCCUAGGCCGUGCCGGGGAGGGGGCGAGGGCGGCGCCCAGGCGCCUGCCGCCCUAGAGGCAGGAUGAGCAUCGAGAUCCCGGCGGGACUGACGGAGCUACUGCAGGGCUUCACCGUGGAGGUGCUGAGGCACCAGCCCGCGGACCUGCUGGAGUUCGCGCUGCAGCACUUCACGCGCCUGCAGCAGGAGAACGAGCGCAAAGGCACCGCGCGUUUCGGCCAUGAGGGCAGGACCUGGGGGGACACGGGCGCCUCUGCCGCCGCUCCCGGGGGUGGCACCCCCAGCAAGGGGGUCAACUUCGCCGAGGAGCCCUUGCACUCCGACUCCGAGGACGGGGAGGAGGAGGCGGCGCCGGCAGACGCAGGGGCGUUCAAUGCUCCAGUAAUAAACCGAUUCACAAGGCGUGCCUCAGUAUGUGCAGAAGCUUAUAAUCCUGAUGAAGAAGAAGAUGAUGCAGAGUCCAGGAUUAUACAUCCAAAAACUGAUGAUCAAAGAAAUAGAUUGCAAGAGGCUUGCAAAGACAUCCUGCUGUUUAAAAAUCUGGAUCCGGAGCAGAUGUCUCAAGUAUUAGAUGCCAUGUUUGAAAAAUUGGUCAAAGAUGGGGAGCAUGUAAUUGAUCAAGGUGACGAUGGUGACAACUUUUAUGUAAUUGAUAGAGGCACAUAUGAUAUUUAUGUGAAAUGUGAUGGUGUUGGAAGAUGUGUUGGUAACUAUGAUAAUCGUGGGAGUUUCGGCGAACUGGCCUUAAUGUACAAUACACCCAGAGCAGCUACAAUCACUGCUACCUCUCCUGGUGCUCUGUGGGGUUUGGACAGGGUAACCUUCAGGAGAAUAAUUGUGAAAAACAAUGCCAAAAAGAGGAAAAUGUAUGAAAGCUUUAUUGAGUCACUGCCAUUCCUUAAAUCUUUGGAGUUUUCUGAACGCCUGAAAGUAGUAGAUGUGAUAGGCACCAAAGUAUACAACGAUGGAGAACAAAUCAUUGCUCAGGGAGAUUCGGCUGAUUCUUUUUUCAUUGUAGAAUCUGGAGAAGUGAAAAUUACUAUGAAAAGAAAGGGUAAAUCAGAAGUGGAAGAGAAUGGUGCAGUAGAAAUCGCUCGAUGUUCGCGAGGACAGUACUUUGGAGAGCUUGCCCUGGUAACUAACAAACCUCGAGCAGCUUCUGCGCACGCCAUCGGGACUGUCAAAUGUUUAGCAAUGGAUGUGCAAGCAUUUGAAAGACUUCUGGGACCUUGCAUGGAAAUUAUGAAAAGGAACAUCGCUACCUAUGAAGAACAAUUAGUUGCCCUGUUUGGAACAAACAUGGAUAUUGUUGAACCCACUGCAUGAAGCAAAAGAAAAGAGAGCUCUCUACAUGAAGACGACUUGUUUUAUAUUUCAGAUUUUAUUUUAAAAGCCGUGUCUGUUAAACAAGAAAAAACACAAAAGAACUCCAGAUUCCUGGUUCAUCAUUCUGUAUUCUUACUCACUUUUUCAAGUUAUCUAUUUUGUUGCAUAAACUAAUUGUUAACUAUUCAUGGAACAGCAAAUGCCUGUUUAAUAAAGAACUUUGACCAAGGCUAUAAAUGCCACUUACAUUAUUUUCAGUAUUGUUGGUUAUAUUUAAAUUUUCCUUAUAAUAAAGCACACUUUUAUAAUAAAAUACAUGAAUUAUUGUUUUUCAUACUUUUUUGCUUGUUUCUUUAAACUUUUCUGACUUGCAUAAUGCAUAAUUCAUUGAAAAGCAUGAUAGAAAUGUGGCAUGUGGGAGCUAACCCCCAGGGCAUAACAUAGUAAGAAAGUAUGGUUCUGUAUGGCAAUAGGUUUUUAAAAUUAUUAGCUAUUCGUCAUGUGUGGGAGAAAUAACUGUGGUGUGUUGCAGAUUUAUUUGGCCAUUUAGAAUAACCAAAUAAAUCUGGCUAACUAGGAAUUUGUGUAAAAGUAUCUAAUUAAAACAGCUCAAGUUUGA